ACCACUCCUGGCCGCAGUCUCAAGCCCCAGAUCCCUCCCUCUCCAUCCGAGCCAGCCCUUGGCCCCAUCCUGCCCGGUUGCACGGGAGUCUUAACGAAGACUGCUUGGAGACACCGGGGUAAAACCAAGCAUGUUGGCAUCUAUCCAUUCUACCCAACCAGAGUCUGCACGCAAGUUCCCGACCAACACUGGCUCGUGCGCACGCGCGGGCAUGCGUGUGGGCGGGGCCUCGACCUUAGGUCCCGCCCAGUCACUGUGAGCUUCCUCUUCCGGCGAGAGGCGGGGCCCCCGCGUCCGCGGGAAACCUGGGCUGGUGGUUCUUUGCUGGGAGCAGCUGCGGGAAUGGCAGGCUUGGGGAGCUUGGUCCUGCGUCCUUGGAUUCGAGAACUGGUCCUGGGGUCGGAUGCACUCUCAAGUCCGCAGGCGGGGCAGCUGCUUGAGGUGCUGCAGGAGGCCGAGGCUCCGGGUCCGUCCCGCGCCCCUGACAUGUCUGAUGUCGCAGCCGCGCUGCUCGUGUCUGACGGGACCCACAGUGUCCGGUGCCUAGUGACGCGGGAGGCCCUGAACGCCUCGGACUGGGAGGAGAAGGAGUUCGGCUUCCGAGGGGCAGAAGGCCGGCUGCUGCUGCUGCAGGACUGUGGAGUCCGCGUCCAAGUGGCCGAAGGCGGCGCGCCCGCAGAGUUCUACCUCCAGGUGGACCGCUUCAGCCUGCUUCCCACAGAGCAGACCCGGGAACGGGUGAUUGGUUGCAACCAGGACCCGGAUGUGCAGAAAAAGCUCUUUGACUGUCUGGAGGAGCACCUUUCAGAAUCCAUCUCCCCCAGUGCAGGCCUUUCACUGUCCCAACUUCUGGAUGAGGUGCAGGAGGACCAGGAGCAUCGGGGGGCGCUAGUGCACCUGGCUGAGAGCUGUCUGAUGCUGGCAGGCCCUUGCACAGCACCCCCUCUCACCCGCUGGGCCUCCUCCCGUCCUAGGGCAACGGGAGAAGCUGUGUACACUGUCCCCAGCUCAUGGCUGCACAUCUCUGAGAAUGACCAGCGAAUUCUGAGCUCCCUGGGCCCAGGCCAGAGGGCACAGGGCCCUGAGCUGCCACCACCAGACCCAGCUUUGCAGGACCUAUCGCUGACCCUCAUCUCUCCUUCCUCACCUCCUUCCUCAGGAACCCCAGCUUUAUCCAGCCACAUGUCCUCAGAGGAAAGCGGUGCCAGCAUCAGCCUUCUGCCUGCCCUGUCCUUGGCUGCUGCAGACCCUGUGCAGAAAGGCAGCUCCCAAGCUGUACCAGCUAUCUGUUCAGCCCCUGGCCCCCUGCCCCCCAGCUCCCCACGCCCUAGCUAUGUACGCAGUUCCCCCCUGAGCUGUACCCCAAGUCUCUCAACCCUUGGCCAUGUACCCAGUCCACAUCAGGCCAUUGUGACCAGGGCCCAGAAACCUAGCCUGGAGUUCAAGGAGCUAGGGUUGCCCCCCAAGAACUCGCAGCACGCUCCAAGGACAAAAACCACCACAGGAGCCCUGGAGUCCGGCCCUCUUUGGGACCCUCCAAAGAGGCAUCAUGAUGGUUCUGCCUUCCAAUAUGAGUAUGAGCCACCCUGCACCUCCCUCUGUGCCCAGGUCCGAGCUGUCAGGCUCCCUCCCCAGCUCGUGGCCUGGGCCUUGCACUUUCUGAUGGAACCACAGCCAGAGUCUGAGCUAACCCAGGUGUGAGGGAUCAUGGGGGAGGAUGUAUGCACACAGAUCCAUGCCUGGGAUAGACAGUGCUCCAUACUCUGCUCGUUUGAGUUUUUUAAUAAAAUAAUCUCAUGCGGCAGGAAAA